CUCUUGAGGUAUUCAAAUUAAUAAUCGUUUUGUGUGAUCAUUCGAUUCUAUCGAAUCUUGAAAUAGCAGAAUCGAUAGCGGUGUCUGCUACGAUAACUUUCUGUUUGUAAAGCAUAAAUUUGUUGACAUCGAGAAAUACUGUUAUAUGUACAUUUUUUAUUAUAAAAGAUUAAUUUAUAGAUCUAAUGUUGUUAAUCAUAUACAAUAUUAGAUAUACUUUCCAAGAAAACGUUUUUUGGAAAUCUACGUUAUAAAUGUUGAAUAGAAAGCACAAGUAUUAUAAUGGAUCGCAGCAAGGCAGGAAUUGGCAGAGGUGCAAAAAGUAAAAUUGCUCAGCAUCCCUCUGAUUUAUUUGCACUUGGAUCCAAAAGUUCGCGUAGUGAGAGUUCUGAUGUUAAAAGACCAGGGGUUAUUCAUUCUAAGCCAAGUAGUAGUUCUUCGACUUCUGGUAAUGAUCGGAAAAAGGAAGCACCAUCGGGAUCGCUUCAAAGCUUUCAGUAUAUUCCACAAAAGAAAUCUAAACUUGCAACACAUGUUACUCAUCAACGACCACCAUUCUCAAGUGCAGAAGCUUGGGAAUUAGUAGCCAUAGAUAGUGAUCCAGCAGACUUUGUUCCAAUGGUUCUGGAAGCUAAUGAUAACGAUGAAGGCGAUAAAGUCAUUGGCAUUAUUUGUGGUGCCAUUAAAACUCUUAAGAAUCAAAAAUGGAAACCUGAUACAUUGGUUUAUAUGGGAUUAUUGUAUUUAGCAAAAAUUCGUCCCUCUAUUUUUUCAAAUGACUGUAUAUUACAUGCGCUGUCAUCAUUAUUAAAGCGAGAUCAAGCACAUAAUUAUAAAGCUAAAGGAAACCCAUUGGUCCCUGUACUCGCAGCUAAUUUGUUAAUGAAAGGAUUUUGUGAUAAAAGAAAUUGGCCAGAAAUUUUUGUAAAGCUGUACAUUGAGGAUGCUUUAGGUGAAAGAGUAUGGGUUGAUCACGAAGAAUGCAAAGGUUUUGUUGACAAUAUUUUAACUGGAUUUAAUACACAGCAUCCACCAAAAAGCAUUUUACAACCAGAACUAUCUGUUUUAACACCACGUGAUUGUCACAGUCCAUCAACGAUUGACGACGAGGAUACUGGAUCUUCGUCUGUACAGUUUUCCGGAGAAAAAGAAAAAAUAGAAUUUCCUGUGACUCCUAGAUAUGGUCAUUGUAUAGAAAACAUAGAAUUAAUUGUUCUUGAAGCUGUGAAAGAGCAGUUGAAUAGGCGGCAACCAGAGUCAAUUACUAAGAACUUUUUAAAAUUACUUUCCUCUGCUUGCGGUUUUGUAGAAAUCAGAAAUAUUGCCGUGCCAAGAUUGGAGAUGUGGUUACAUAAUCCAAAACUGAUGAGACCUGCUCAAGAACUGCUGAGUUACAUUUGUUAUAAUUGUACAUCUCAUACACAAAGGGACGUUGAAGUUAUUAGUCAAUUAGUCAAAAUGAGAUUAAAGACCAAAGCUGUAAUUAAUUUAUAUCUAAAUGGUGUGAAAGAAUUAAUCGGUUUACACCCAGAGAAUUUAUCUACCAUCUUGAAGCAUACGAUUUAUAAUGAAUUAUCAAACGCACGAAACCCAAAUAACAUGCCAAUGCUGGGUGUAAUGUUUCAAACGUUACCCGAACAAGCGGCUAAAUUACUCGCAGAAAUAUUUCAAGAUUUGCUGAUGAAUCGCGAAGAUUAUUUGAGACCUUUGCGUGCUUUGCUCAGAGAAAUUGUGCGCGUUUGUCGACACGACAUUAAUUUACUUACCUUUGCACGUACAUUAAUGGCUGAAAGACAAGAUAUAGCACAACAAUUGCUUAACUUUGAAUUUAAAGAGCGUGUUUUCAUUUCGAUCGCUGAUUUGUUAUGUUUAUGUAUGUUACUAGCUAUUAGUCCACAAGUUAAAGAAGCCGCAGCUCUAGCACAAAGAGGCGACAAGAAAGACAUAGCUCUGUUACAUCAAUUUCAGAACAUGGUGGCAACAAUACAAUUUGAAGCUGUAUUGUGGUUGCAAAAUUCAGCACCACAGAUGUAUUCUAUUGGAAAAAAUGAACUGCUUCACGCUUUACACAAAAUUUUAUUGCUCGAAUCUCCAGAACAGUACUAUAAAUUGGAUAACUGGCCUCCUGAAUCUGACAGAGUAUUUUAUCUGCGUCUAAUUUCUGAUGUCCCACUGUUACAGAAUACACUAUUAAGACUGUUACUACUUGGAUUUUCUAAGGAAAAUGGUAUUACUCAUUCAGAAACCUUAGAUUUGGUAGAUCAAUUAAUACGACGAGCAGCAGCUAAUUCAACAGAAAGUUUUCCAACCUUACAGGCAGAUAAAUUAAAUAUAAUUGAACUGAUUUUCAAUCUUUGUAUUUAUCAACCUCCAGUAACUAUAAACAUACCAUCAAAUUAUGUACCACCGACUUUAGCAAUAUCUAAUUUGUAUUGGAAAGGAUGGAUAAUGCUAUUAAUAUUAGCUGCCCACAAUCCAUCUACUAUUGGUGCUGUUGCAUGGAAACAAUAUCCCAUUCUACGAACACUUAUGGAAAUGUGUAUCACAAAUCACUUCUCAUAUCCUCCACCAACAAUGGCAUUACCCGAAAUCAUAGAACAAGAACGUUCAAAGGAAUUGCAAGUCGAAGCUAUUGAAAAGCAGGAGAUACUGGAAUAUGAAUCACAUUUAGCCGCUGCAUCAACGAGGAUACAAAUAUCCGAACAAAAUAGUUUACUAUUAUCACAACUAAUGACUAUGGAACCAACUGGUAUUGCCAGGAAGCCACCUCCAGCGGUAUUGGAACAAAUACAAUCUUUGAACGUGUCCCACAGGCUGGGACACUUACUUUGCAGAUCUCGCAAACCAGAUUUCUUGUUAGACAUAAUACAAAGGCAACAACAAAGCUCCUCACAGAGCAUGCCUUGGUUAGCGGAUCUCGUGCAAAACAGCGAAGGAUCUCUCAGUCAAUUACCUGUACAAUGCCUCUGCGAAUUCUUGUUAUCUACCAGCGCUCAAACUGUGGAAAAACAACCAAGACAACAACAGUUAUUGGCUCAUCUUCAAAUGUUGUUAACCGAUCCGGAACAAGAUCGGCAACAUGCUUACGAAGUUUUAGAAUAUUUCUUAAGAAGAUUGAGUAGCCAACAAACUGGUAGUCGUCUUCAAGCGAUUACAGGCCUAAAAAUGGUUCUUGGAUCUAUACCUACCGAAGAAGAGCCUAUGGAUAUUGACGGAGAAAAUGAAAGGGAAGUUUGGCUUCUUCGCAAAUUGCCAUCGAUACCUCACUUUUUAUCGGUGCGUUCUUUAGUUUCUACCGCGCUUCGUGGAGCCUGUCAAGUUGAAAAUAAUCCCGAUCUCGUGCACGCUUACAUAUCCUACCUCGCAGCGCAUACUACAGACGACGAUCUUCCCGACCUAACUGAUUUAGCCAACGAAAUAUCUCAAUUGGUGGUCGAACGGAGUACAAUAAUAGCAGCCAUUUUGCCCCAGCCUGAAAUUGACAAUCCUCAAGCUAAGCAAACUCUGCAUGCCUUCAUGGUAAUCAUUUGCAACUAUUUGGAGAAAGCUCGGUCCCCAAGAGCAGAGGAGUACACGUGGUCUGAAAGUCAAGAUCAAAUAUUAGUGCAAUGGAGCACAGGAGAAGAAUGCACUAUGCAUAUUCUAGUUGUUCACGCUAUGAUAAUUCUUUUGACUUACAAUUCUGAUGACGACGAGCUGUUUGAAGUUCUACUGGAAACGUGGUUUCCGUUAAAUACAGAACCACCCAAAGCUUUUCUUGUCGAUACCAGCGAAGAAGCUUUGCUCAUACCAGACUGGUUGAAAUUGAGAAUGAUCAGAAGCAAUGUGCCACGUUUAAUAGAUGCAGCUCUCAAGGACUUGGAACCACAACAGUUGGUUCUUUUUAUUCAAAGUUUCGGUAUUCCUGUACCUUCGAUGACUAAAUUGCUUCAUACUUUAGAUGCUGGAGUGCAAAUUGACCCAAGCUCAGUUGGCGAAGCGGUGCUUGAUAAGACUUACAUGGCACAAUUAGUUGAAGUUCAGCAUAGGAGAGGAGCUACGGGUGGAUUAGUUUUUGUACAAGUUUUGCAAUUAUUAGAGCCACAGUUACCUGACGAGAACGCGGUAACGAUUGGACAGCUGCAAGAACCAUUACCUCCCAGUGCUAUGGUUCAGAAGCAGUCCGUCAUACAGUGCUCCGUUAAAACAGAUGUCCCGCACUUGAUCAAUAGAUUAUUUAUUGAGAAUAUACCGAUGAAUCAGAAGGUAGACGCGUAUCGUCGAUUGCACAAAACAUUAGCGAAAGACUUGCAAAAAUCUGCCAAGGAAAGCGGAGCUGUUGUCUUAGCGAUACAGCACAUAUGUAGUGUACUGAGUUCGAUGCAAGUUAAACAGUUCUUAGCUUCUCUUGUUCACAUGCCACAAUAUUCCUGUACCUUAAUGAGGAUAAUAUUGUUGCCUUUAAAAAAAUCAUCCACUUCGAAACAAGUGGUCGAAUUGACACGGAACAUGUGUUUGAAUUUGAUACAACUGAUAGGGGACGUUAAAGCACCGGUUUUAUCUAUUUUAAGGGACUUUGCAAAUGUUCAAUUAACCAAAACGCCAAAAAGCAUGGAGCUAACAAUGCUGAUGCAAAAUCGAGAUCCUGGCUCUAUUUUGGAAAGCACGGAUCCUGUAAAUUUAGAAGCUGUUGGACGUAAAUUAUUGGAUAUUUGUUUAAAGCAACAGAAAACUGAUGUCCUUGUUGAAGCAAUGGCAAGAUUGUUAGUGAACGACAGCAACGAAGGUAUUUUAAAACCACGAACAGGUUUAUUGAUAGAUUGGUUGGCAUCUGUGGAACCAGAAUUAAUUGGUAUAUGUCCUACGCUACAAAUGAAACUUCUGUUUGGAAAAACAAAGAUACAAUUGAAAGUUGAUAACAACAUUGUUAGUUCACACUCGUUUAGGCCUUAUUUGUUGACGUUAUUAACACACAGAGCGAGUUGGGCAACUUUGUACAAAUGUAUUGGUCAUUUAUUAGAUAAAUGUGAUGAUGGGUACGAUCCAACAGCCGUGUUAGAUUUUUUAUGGGCGCUAACUUGUAAUCCAAAACUUUGGCAGGGUAGAGACAAGUUUACACCAAAACAUUAUGUUCCAGAAAAUAUUUUACUUUUACAUGAGAAACAGUUGUUGACACUGGUAGCAUAUUUAGUUGCAGAAGCUGUUAUUAUAUGCAACUGUCAGAAUAGAAAUACUGCACUUGCACGAAUGGAUUCUCGUCUCGAUUUAUUGUUACACUGUGUUUCCACGAAUGAUCACAUGGUAUCCAGCGUUGUAAAAUAUUUAGCUGAACGUAUGAUGAAUGAUUCGGACGUAGAUUCCGAUAUGGCACAUCAAUUUUUAUUACAUAUGUACAUGAAGAUACCAAAAGUGAUAUGUUACUUGGAUACUUUCCAAAUUAAGAAGUUUGUUGGAGAAGCAAAGAUCACAGAAUGGACUGGCUCUGUGUUAGAUUGUAUGAGUCAUUCACUACUGACAGCUUUAGCUGCAACACCAAGGCAGAAGUCCUGGAAUUCGAAAUCCCAAGAUUUUGAGUUAUGUGCCAGAAAAAUGGCUGCUGUUCACCCUAUUUUAGUACUAAGACAGCUUCCCAUGUUAGCGUCAUCAUUAAUGGGAAGAUGCUAUCUGGAUUUUAGUCAGUUCAGAUCAGGCCACCAUUUAAACCUCUUUGUACAAAUAAUGGGACUGUUAGAACUGUUACAGCCACAUUUAUUUAAUGAAGAACAUCGAACUGCUUUGGAGGACACAUUAGAGAAUUACUUUCAGUGCUUUCAAAAUUAUGGGCCAGUAAAAGAUCUGAUACCAUUAUUAAAUCGAUUCAUUACACUACUGCAGGGAUAUAUUUCUUAUGAUCCACAAAGAGCACUGAAAUAUUUGCAGAAACACGCUCAGGUUCUGCAUGAAUUACAGGUACACUAUCCAAAUUUAGUUUCACUUAGAACACUUGUGUCGGGCAUUCCAGUGCUAAGAGAAGGAGAAGAUGUAGAAGAGGUUUUAAUUACUAUUCCUCCUACUCCUCCUCCUUUGGAACCUACUAUUCCGCAACAUUGGACGUCGUUAUUAAGUACACUAUCUAAAUUGCAAGGCGAAGAUGUAUUUUGUGCUCUUCAAGAAAUUGAACAUUUAUCGUCCCGUAAGCCUUCAGUUUUGGAAUCUGUAACAGACAAUAUAGCGGAGUUACUUGUAUCGCCGCAAAGUAAUAUAAGAUCUCUUGCUCAUACGUUAUUAGCAAGAGCAUUGAAACAUCGUCCCGAAUCAAAUACAAAUAUACUGUCUGCAUUUCAAAGGUGUUUGGACAGCUCUAGAGCCGAUAUCCUAAUGUCAGCUUUAGAGAAAUUGCCAGAAAUCGUAUUAUGUAUGCAAGAACAUGCUCUACCAUUGAUGCAGAAGGUAUUUGAAUUAGGAGUAAAUUCAAAUGUGAAUACUAUACCGUAUAUAAAUAAGACCAUUGCUCUGUUGAAUACACAACAGGGUUGUUAGUAAUAUAAAAAAUUGUAAUUUUUUAUUUUGUAUAAAAUAAAAUAAACAAUUUUUUUAUAAAAAUCUCA